AUGGCGGCGGGGGCAAGUGUCUCCUCGGAGGGGCCCUGUCCCCUGGGCCCCGGAGAAGAAGAAAGGUUUUAUCCUUCGAAAGUUGAAGAAAUAAUGGAGACACUUUGCAGAGACUUUUUGCUGCAGCUGGGGGGCUACGAUGCUGCUGCUGCAGCAGGGUGGGCGCAGCAGCUGGCGCAGCAGCUGCUGGCAGCAAUCCGCAGCUCGCAGCAAAUCCCCAGGUUCAAAGUCCUCGUCCAGGUGCUGCUGCUGCAGCAAAGGAGACAGGGCAUUUGCUUCUGCAGCAAAAGUCUCUGCGAUGCAGCAGCAGACAACUGGGCCUCCGUUGCUGUUGCAGCAAAAGACAUUCUUUGCUGCGCCAUUGCCUACGGCUUCUACCACGAAUAA